AUUUGACGCACUGAGCAUGUCUGAAAACUAACUAAGGUUUCCGCAGAGAGAUGGUAUUAAAUUCGAUGUUGAAUGCUUAUAAUUAAGUCUAUCGAAACUGCAGAUUUAACAACAUGGCUUUUGCAAGAUCACUUUCGUCAAUUUCUGACGAACCUCAAAAAUUUGCCAUUGCUGUAGAAAACAAUGAUGCUACAAUCAUAAGCAAGACCAUAAUGACUCGGAAUGGACACAGAGCCGCCCUUGGUGACAUCGGCAACAAGGUUUCAAAGAUGACAAUCGACCCAGGCAAGCAGGUGGUGAAGAAAGAAAUGGUCCAGCCUUUCACACGCUUACAAAAGUCGAAGAUUAAAUUAUCAGCACGGACAGUUGACAGGGAAGAAACGGCAGUGGUGGUUGAACUUGUGCCGUCCGUCGAUGUCAUCCAAGUGGCCGACCCCAUGGACAUCAGCGUUGACAAGUCUGACGCUUUCUCUAAAGCUCUAUUGACGGUGGAAAAUAUAGACUCUGAAGACAAAGACAAUCCUCACCUGGUCACUGAUUACGUCAAUGAUAUCUACCACUACAUGAGGAAGCUGGAGGUGAAGUAUGAAGUGAAGCCAAACUAUCUAGACACGUCUGAAAUCACCGGUAAAAUGAGAUCCAUAUUGAUUGACUGGCUGUGUCAAGUUCAUCAUCGAUUCAAUCUUCUCCUAGAAACGUUGUACCUCACAGUUGCCACAAUAGACAGAUAUUUGCAGAUUUGCCCUGUAACGAGAAGCAAACUUCAGUUAGUUGGUGUGACAUCGAUGUUGGUGGCAUCAAAAUAUGAAGAAAUGUACGCUCCAGAAGUUGCAGACUUUGUGUAUAUAACGGACAAUGCUUACACUAAGACGGAUAUUAAAGACAUGGAAAGAGACAUUCUGAGAAAGUUGGAUUUCAGUUUGGGAAAACCUGUAUGCUUACAGUUUCUUAGGAGGAAUUCAAAAGCAGGCAAAGUCGACACCAGGAAACACACGUUAGCAAAAUAUUUAAUGGAGCUGACAAUCACAGAAUACGACAUGGUGCAAUAUCUUCCUUCCGAAAUAGCAGCUGCAGCUCUGUGUCUCUCCAUACGACUGAUGGAUGAUUCCAAAUGGACAACUACCCUAGCUCACUAUAGUGCAUACACAGAAAAAGAUCUCCAGCCACUGGUGCAGAAACUGGCCCAGAUAGUACAGAAAGCAGAAUCCAGCAAACUAACGGCUGUAAGAACCAAAUUUUCCAGUUCAAAGUUCAUGAAAAUCAGUCAGAUUCCUCAGUUGAAAAGACCUUUGCUUCAGCAAAUAGCAAAUGGAGGUGUACCAUCAUCCUAGCAACUUCCAGACAGACAUUGGCUGCAGGCUGUGAUAGACAAAGACAUUAUCCAAUGAAAUGCAUGUUUGUGUGUCCCGUCAGUCUGAUGAAUGAAUAAGACUAGAAAGGAUUUUUAUUUAACAAACAAAAAUAAUGGACUCAGAAAUCGCUGUAGAAUUACAAUUGUUAGUUUUUAUUUAUCUUUUUUUAGACUUUUUAUAUACAUCCAUAAAGUUGACACCUUGAUAAGAACAUUUGUUCCUCACCAGACUGACUGUAUGAAUGAUCCACUUUAUUUUUAAUUAUCAUCUUUUUUAAGUUAUUGUCAAUGCCAUUAUCUCCUACAGAUAUGGAAGAAUCAUGUCGCCCAUUCUUAAACAUUUUAUAACCCAUGUUUUAACCAUGUAGACAUUGUAAAAUUUGUAAAUAAAUGUUUAAUAAUA